GAGCUACACCAGCCAGGGCUCUCAAUCUCCUUUUAAAUUUGCAAAUAAUCUGUGCAGCAUUAUCUUCUCUUUUAUUUCAUCCAUCAUUUGCUGCCGAUUUUUUCUUUCAUUUGAAUUUUUUUUUUACAAAUAUGGUUUUCUAAUCAGUUGUCAACAACUACAUGUAUUUUAAGGUGAGAAGUUAGUAUGUGUUUGUCAUCUGUUGAUCCUAACUUAAAAUUAUAAAUGUAAAUACUUUAAGAAUAAUGCAUGGGCAUCAGAAAAUAUUAGGACUUCAAUCAAAGAUUCCUUGUGCAUACUGAAAUUGAGACUAAGAGCUCAUAUGUAGCUCCAGAAUUCUCCCUUCAAUUUUAUUCCCAUGCCUUAAUAUUGUACCAGAGAUAAGCAGCCCUAACAGAUCUACUAAAAGAGAACCAUUGCCUGUACUUGCAAGUACAAAACUGUAUCAAUAAAUAAACAAAUCUGCCCUGGCUGGUAUAGCUCAGUGGGUUGAGCGCUGGCCUACGAACCACACGAUUGCGGUUCUAUUCCCAGUCGGGGCAAAGGCCCGUUCCCACCAAGGGACUCAGGAGAGGCAACCAUACAUUGAUAUUUCUCUCCUUCCCGUCCUCUUUAAAGAUAAAUAAAAUCUUUAAAAAAGGAAGUUUAUGGGUAAAAAACUUAAAAUAAACAAAUCUAUGACAAGUACGAUCAUAACUCCAAGAGAAAUGAAAAUAUGACAUGAUUUCAAAAUACAGUGAAUUUUCGGACAUGAUUUCAAAACACAGUGAGUUUUCGGUCAUAGCAUCAACGUCACCACAUUGAAAAAGUAUGAGCUUCACUGGCCUUCUUAUGUUAUUGUUGUUUGGGUCAUAAUAUAACGGGGGAUUCCCGCUCCCACCUUGCACCCCCACUCACUCCCACCCCCACGAAAAGGGGGAAGGGUCGGGAAAUGCCUAGUAUUACGCACACAGGCCUCACCCCGGCACCCGUAAAUACACACGUGACUCAGCAGAAACCUGUAGGCUUGAGGACAGGUAGGUAAUUGGAUGGAAGGGGCAUGCCCUCCCAUCUUCUUCCGCCGGGGGGAAUUAUGGGGGCCAUCUUUAAAAGCAGAGCAUGGACACGCCCUGCGCGCUUUCUGCUGUUGACUCCUGGCUGGUCAGUGCGCUCCGUGACCUUAGGCUCCUGAGACUGCGGGCCUUCUGGGGUCAGUGUGGUCUGAGAGCAUUCCCCGCCGCUGACCCAAAGCGCUCUCCGGGCGAGCCGAGGCCUGUCCCUGGCACACGAAGCUACCUACGCGGUUCUCCGGAGGGGUUCCAUCAGUCACGGUUCCCGCCGCCACUCUGCCCACUCCAGCCCAAGCAGGACCUCGGACCCACCACACCAACCUGCGGGUCUGGGUUUUGCAGUCCAGUCAGUGCCGAUUUCGGAAGCUGUGUGGCCAGCAACGAGCCCCGCGGCCAUCUCUCAUAAGGAAGCCGUAGCCGCUCUGACAGUGCUGAUAACCGGAGAUGUGCUGCUUGGAUCCUGCUUCGCCAUCGGCGCAGAGGCACCUGAGAGCGACAGCCGAAAGAAGAGAACAGCGCGUGCGCAGCGAGUAGUACAUCUGCACACACAGACUUCGAAGAAACCUGUCUUCAGAGUUUUGCCUGUGACCAGCCAGCGGUAGGACCCCCGGGUGGUUCGGUUGCAGUAAUGGUGUCCGACGGGGCGCUGUAGACUCUCAUAGAGGGUUGACUCCCAGCAGGUGGAAGGGCAAAGGGUUUGGGAAGGAAGAAGCACCAUUUGAGAUUUCAGGGCCGCGCACCAGGGCCUGGGUUGGGGUGAUAAUUGGUUGAGUUUUGGGGAGGCCAUUGCUUGCCGGGUCACUGUGAGAUCGGUGGUUUCUGUGCGCUAAUUUAAAAAAAUGGAGCCCAUGCUAGUUGUGUUUAUAUGUUCUCAGUUUGCGUGGGGGAUUGUAGCGUUCAUACUUGUGGGCCUUUACUUCAGGGUCGUCAGGAACUGUCAUAGUUCAAGAUUUAGAGGAAGCCCACUGGGCCAGAUUAUAGGUGAAUUGAUUUUUUAUUGCAACAGUGUAUGGCCUACGUACGUUUUAGACUGUGGGGAAAAAUGGCCCGUGAAUGGUUCCUUAAGUUACUGUACUAUCAUGCAGUUGAACUUAUAUUGCCAAAAGUUAGGCAAGUGGGACGAGAUCCCUUAUGUUAGGGCAUUUAUUUCGUUGCAAAAUAAGGUUUCAUCAAGAGCAGGGAACCCUUUGCUGUUGCAGAGGAAGGAAGAGGCUUCCAAACUCGAGCUCUCUGAUCAUAAGACAAAGGAAAGUUUCAGUGUCCGGAACCCAGAAGAAAGAAGAUCGGUAGGAGGAAGAUCUCUUCCUUGCUGUCCCGUGAAGCUGGGCUGGCGCCUCUCCACUACCAUGACAGAGCUCCAGACAGAGCUCCAGGAAGACGGCAUGGGGGGAGCGGCAGGGAGCCAUGACGCCAGCUACCAAAUGGAGGUGGAUCAGCAGAGUGAGGACCAGGGCAUUCGGGCUCCUCCUCUCCCUCGUGAAGGUUUGAAGGCCAUGAAUGGUGACGUGCCGCUGGCAGGCAGUCUUACCAGGGACAGAGUGAAGGAGCCUGAUCCAGACGCCAUUGCUACAGAAGAGAGGGCGGGUGCUGCCAACAAAAAGGCAUUUGCCAGAGUAUUAGGCCUGGCUCGUAAACGCAGAGAUGAACUUGACGCUGCCAUUGCUUUGAGUCUACUGAAUUCCUCCAAAUGUCACACUGAGGGAAAGACUCUUAGGAGGCACAACACUGUGUCUGCAGACACUAAGCGCUCAAAAAGAAGACACUUUGAAGUCUGGGGAGAAAACCGCAAUCCCAAUGAUUGGAAGCGAGUUGAUGGUUGGCCAGUCGGACUGAAAAAUGUUGGCAAUACCUGUUGGUUUAGUGUGGUUAUCCAAUCUCUCUUUCAGCUGCCUGAAUUCCGAAGAGUCGUCCUCGGUUCCACUGUGCCACAGGAUGCAUUGGAAAACUGUACAGAUGAGCGAGAGAAGAGGAAUGUGAUGUUUAUGCAAGAGCUUCAGCGUUUGUUUGCUCUGAUGAUGGGAUCAAAUCGCAAAUUUGUUGACCCUUCAUCAGCCUUGAACCUCUUAAAGGGAGCGUUCCAGUCCGAUGAGGAGGAACAGCAGCAGCAAGAUGUGAGUGAAUUUACACACAAGCUCCUGGACUGGCUGGAGGACGCGUUCCAUCUGACGGUUGUUGCUGACAGCAACCUUGAAAACCCAAUGAUGCGAUUAUUCUAUGGCACGGUCCUCACUGAAGGGGUUCGUGAAGGAAAGCUGUAUACUAACUCUGAGACCUUUGGCUUGUAUCCCCUUCAGGUAAAUGGUUAUUGCAACUUACAGGAGUGUUUGGAUGGGGCUAUGGUAGAAGGUGACAUUGAGCUGCUUCCUUCCAAUCAGUCAACAGAGAAUGGACAGGAGUAUUGGUUCACAAAACUGCCUCCUGUGUUGACUUUCGAACUCUCAAGAUUUGAGUUCAAUCAAUCCCUUGGUCAGCCUGAAAAAAUUCACAAUAAGCUGGAAUUUCCUCCGAUUAUUUAUAUGGACAGGUACAUGCACAGAAAUAAAGAUCUUGUUCAAAGCAAGAGACAGUGUGUUCGGAGGCUGAAGGAAGAAAUAGUACUCCUACAGGAAAAAAUGGAAAAAUACGUGAAGUACGACUUGGACCCUGCUCAGUCCCCACUCCUGAACGUGGCAUCUCAAAGUGACAGCAGUGUGACAUUACCACUCUCUUCAGUGACAGGUGAAGGAAACUCUCCUCAGAGUGUUGCAAGUGUCUUCUCUGAAGAUUGUCUUUGCAAGUCUACCACAAAGAAUAAGCCUCUUCCAUCUUCCCAAUCUUCUGGGGAAAUGCCUGCCCAGCCAGUUCCUCAAACAGUCACAGAUGAGAUAAACUUUAAGACCUGUCUUCAGAAACUGAGCAGUGAGACUGAGCAAGAUGUACAGGAUUUAAAGAAUUUCAUUGCAAGCACUACCCAGGCUAUUCAGCAGAUGUACUGUGAUCCUCUGCUUAGUCAGGUGCCUUAUCGCUUGCAUGCAGUUCUUGUUCAUGAAGGACAAGCAGAUGCUGGACACUAUUGGGUCUAUAUCUAUAAUCAACCCAGACAGGUCUGGCUCAAGUACAACGACAUCUCUGUUACUGAAUCUUCCUGGGAAGAACUAGAAAGUGAUUCCUACGGAGGCUCAAGAAAUGCCAGUGCCUACUGUCUGAUGUACAUUAAGGACCAGCCACCCAACUUCAAUGCAGAUGCAACCCCAAGUGAAUCAGAGCAGAUGCUAGGAGAAUUAGAAGGCUUAUCUGAUGAACUUAAGCGUUACAUUGAGGAAGAUAACUGGAGAUUUGAACAGGAGAUAGAGGAGUGGGAAGAAGAACAGUCUAGGAAGAUUUCUCAAAUGGAGCUUUCUGACAAUCUGGCAUCACAGGAUUUCCCUACAUCACAACAGCCUUCAGGGGCCUCUUGUGGGGUUCGCAGCUUGUCAUCCGGGCAUGCCGUGAUGUUCAAGGAGGAGUCUUCCCAGGACACUGCAAACCCGACACGUGCGUAUGGGAAAAGCGGUGUGGGAGCAAUCCAGAAUGAGGAAUACUCCAGGCCCUAUUAGCAAGGAAAUGAGAGACCAAAGGGCAUCUGUCUCAAAAAGUCAAAAUACUGAUUUCCUAAGUUUUUAUGUGUUAAUAAUAUAUUUACAUUAGUUCCUUAGUAGCACUUCUAACCCAUCCAUUUCCUUGCUUGAACUUGGGAAAUGGAAGCAUGUUAUCUCACAUUUAUUGGUUGUUCCCAUAUUACUUUUAAAUUGUAAACAAAUAUGAGUGCUAGUGUGGCCAAAAAAAAAAAAAAGGAAAAGUUAGGUUUGUGUAGGAGAAUGUGUUUGCACUUUUAGGGACUUUGAGCUCCUCGAUACAGAGUUUGAAUGUGGUCUUUUCCAUCACUUAAAAGGACAGGGAUUGAAAGUGAGUUACGGUUAUUCUGAAGCGAGUAAAGUUUAUGAAGGUUGCAGAAGGCACUUAUAAAGUUGUGUAUGGAAAGAUCAGAAAGUCUGUGAAAACUAUAAUUUCAGGGACCUUUUGUACAGUUUGUUACUAGAGAAGUUUCUCUGAAUGUGUGGAGCCCCCAAGACCCUGAGGAGGAAGGAGAUGGGGUCUUCUCUCCUGCGUGUGAAGCCGGUUCUUGGUGUUGCUUAGUAACCGCCACUGAUGGUCAUUCUUCCCUUUUGAGGGAGUAGGAGGGAGAGAACACCAUCUUGUGUGGUACGCAACAACAAAACAGUUUGUGAGGGUUGCAUAAGGCCAUGGAAAGCUAUGAGACGUUUUUAAAGGAGAGAAACCUUAGUGCUUAGGCUCAGUUAUUCUUUGCUUUAGGGUUUGUUUCUUUCCGAUGUUUUGGGGGCUUGGGGAAUUUUGCUGUUUUCUGUAUAUCGGGGAUCCUCUCUCUCUGCUGUUGGUGCCAGUUAAGUGUCCAGCUGAGGUGAGAGGUCACCUCACGGCUGCCAGGAGACCAGCGGACCCACCAGUGGGCGAGAAAAUGUCUGCCACAGUGGCUUUGUGCCAUUUGGACCUCUCAGGCCUUGUGUUUGUAACUGAUGGUGUGAGACAAGAUUCUGAGGCCGGUUCUAGUCUCUCCCCUCACCCCACCUUUUAUUUUGAAGCUUUUUUUUCUUUUUGCUUUAGAUUUUGUGUUUUUAAAAGAAAUUGAGGCUCCUAAGCAUUAAGCUUUUGUAUUAGACUAGAAGUAGUGGAAGCAUGAGACAUGGAAAUGCAACUUUAGAGGCUACUGGAAAGCCAAGGAUUUUCCUUUUUUCUUUGUAUUUCUCUCCCUAUUUGAUCCCUCCAGAUUUUGGCAUUCUUAAUGAAUAAUGACCUAAAAUUUGUUUUGCAUGAAACCAGUAAGACCAGCUUCAAAUUAUGGUUUUAAUAACCAAGACUUUGACUGGAAUCUUAUGCCUGAAGAAGGUAUGCCUGGCUCUGGUGGUUACCAGAAAGCCUUGAAGAACUGAGAUUGACUCUCAGAGCUAAUGAAAGCCCACUGAAGAAGCAGCCUGGUACCGUGGUUUGUCGUGUGGUUCCUGGCAGUCUUUCCAGGGAAGGAACGAAGGUUGCUUUUCUGAAGGAUGGCAAGGAGGAACCUUAAGACACCUUGGGAACUUCAAGGACUGAGGAAUGCAGACAAGUACUUUAGACCAAGCUGAAUGGCAAGCGUGGGGCUUCCCUUCUGGGCUCUGGAGAGCUGACUAAGGGUCGAUCAAAGGUUCUUCCUGUGAGUUCCAGCAAAGCAGAUUUGUGACCGUCUUUGUGACCAAGUGCUGCUCUUGUUGUUUUCAUGCAAACAAUAAGGCCAAAUUGAAAAACUGGCAGUCUUUUUUAUGACAACAAGGGUGAUCUUAGGGAGAGGAAUUGGGUUUUGAGGAAAAUCACAGUGCUCAGUCGUGAACGUCAGACUUCAGUGCAGCUGCCUUCAGAGUCUGGGGAAAAAAGCCUCGCUUCAGACGCUUAUCUGCAUCAGCCCCUCCUGAGACUCAGUGGUUUGACUGGACUAGAUGGUUGAGUUAGUGAAGCAUAGGGUGGCCUGUCAGCUUUAUUUUGAAACUGGUUUCCUUUUCUGCCUUCGUAGUUUGAGUACGAAGGCUUCAGAAGUUUUAGGCUAUUCCUCUCUGCCUAAUUUGAGUCUACUGAGCAGUAGGGCUUCAGGCAGUUGUGACACUCCUUGAACACCUUCCUCCAAAGAAGCUACUUUUUCUUAACUGGGAAUCCUGUAGAAUUAUCUCUGCCUUUGCCAUUUAGUUGUUAUGGUUCAGAUUGUACCUUCUAACUCUCUUGCCGAAUUUGUUGCCUCCAGAAUACAGCAAGGUUGCCAACUUGUUCAGAAAUGCCAUCCUUCGGACAUCACACAUGCUGUUUUCCAGGGGUGACCAUCUGACCUGGACUUUGCGAGAUUUUCUCCGUCGUAUAAAGUCUUCCUUCCAGUCCAAGACCCCCUUUUGCUAGGGAUCUCUGGACCAAGCGGUAGGUAGGACUACGUCCUUGCCACGCAGGAAGUAGUUACAGAAGAAUGAGACCUUCGUCCAUUUCCCCUUGUAAGAGUACAAGUGUCCAGACAAUGGGGGGGGGGAUUGUAACAGGACCCCCUCCCCUGUGCAAUGGGGGAGGGGUUGAGAAGCACUGAGGAGCGUGCAUGUGUAUGUUACCCUGGCAACCAAAACAGAUAUGUGUGACUCAGCAGAAAAGCAUGUAUAAUGCUUAUAGCUAGGGUAGUGUUUGGAUGGAAAGGCCACACUCUCCCAUAUACUUAAUUUGUGCAGAGUAUUAAGGGGGUUGUCUUUAGAAGCAGAGCGUGUAGAAACUGAGCUUUGCUCUCCCCAACCCUGGCUGGCAGGCCGGCCACCAGGUGCUCAGGGCCCCUCGGGGGGACUGUGUGGUAUAAGAGCGUUCCCCACACCUCUCCCCCACACAAGUAGCUGUAGCAGCUGCCUGUGUGGUGUCUUUGGGGAGGGAGGGUCAGUCAGUAGCAGGUCCCACCAUCGAUACUGCUCUGACCUUUCCAGUCUGGGAAGGGCCGGGACCCACCACACCAGUGUGUGCGACAGGUCUUAGCAGGCUGGUGGGUGCUGUUCCCGGGAGUGGCAUGGGCAGGUGACAAGCCCCAUGCCCUGCUCCCACACUAAUGCUGUAGCAGCCCUGCCAACCAGAGCUGUGCCACAGGGGUCCUGCCCAGCCGGGCACACUGACACACCAGAGCGCAGCACUAGAGACAGAGGACAGUGCUCCAUGAGUGGGACACCUGGAUUCAGACUCCAAAGGAGGCCCAAGACCAGACCAACUGGAAACCAACUAAGCCGCCUGCAUUUCUUAAAAGAACAUUGCCCUUCGGUGGAAGAAAUCCUGGGCAAAUGUGAACUGAGCUGGCAGAAGGUGGCAGGGUGUUUUUUUGAGGGGGAUGUUUUAGAGAAAAGGGGCUUCGAGGCAUAAACCCACUAUUAUUUUAUGCUGUGUGUACCUUAAAUAAAAUUCCUGUUCUUUCUGCUAAACUCUGUCUCCAGAGUUUUUGCCUAUGGGUGGCAAAU